GAGAGAGAGAGAGAGAGAGAGGAAGCAAGGAAGGGUGCAUCGUAGCCUCCAAAUGAGGAAAAAAGAAAAAAAGACAAUUUGAAGAAAAGGUUUAGGAAACGUUGGUGGUGUGCGUGGGUGAGGUAUGGUUAGGUGCGGCAUGUGUCCUGGGGUUCCCCCCCGCCGGUAACUCCAACAAAGCCCACCUAUAAAUAGAGCAACGGACGGAUCCACCCUCUCUAUUCUGUGUUCAAUCUCACUUCCCAAUCUCUCUCUCAAGCCUCUGCAUCCAACCCCACUUCUGUCGCCUCUCUCUCUCUCUCUCUCUCGCCGGUGGUGAAAUGGCGCGCAAGAAGAUCAGAGAGUAUGAUUCCAAGAGGUUGCUGAAGGAGCAUUUCAAAAGGCUCUCUGCUUCCGAUUUGGCUAUCAAAUCAGCCCAAGUUACGGAAUCAACUGAUUUCAAUGAGCUAGUAGAGAAGGAACCUUGGCUCUUAUCUGGGAAACUGGUUGUUAAGCCUGACAUGUUGUUUGGUAAGCGUGGGAAGAGUGGCUUGGUUGCCUUAAAUUUGGAUUUGGCUCAGGUUGCCAAUUUUGUAAAGGAGCGUCUUGGCAAAGAGGUUGAGAUGGGAGGAUGUAAAGGGCCUAUUACAACAUUCAUUGUUGAGCCCUUUGUUCCACACAACGAAGAGUUUUACCUUAAUAUUGUUUCAGAGCGGCUUGGGAAUAGCAUUAGCUUUUCAGAAUGUGGAGGAAUUGAAAUUGAAGAGAACUGGGACAAGGUUAAGACUAUAUUUGUCCCAACGGGGGCAUCUUUAAUGCCUGAAGUUUGUGCUCCACUUGUUGCAACCCUUCCAUUGGAGAUCAAAGCAGUGAUUGAGGAAUUUAUCAGGGUAAUCUUUGCUCUAUUUAUAGAUUUGGACUUUACCUUCCUAGAGAUGAAUCCAUUUACAUUAGUUGAUGGAAAGCCUUAUCCUUUGGAUAUGAGGGGAGAGCUGGAUGAUACUGCUGCUUUCAAGAACUUCAAGAAGUGGGGAAACAUUGAAUUUCCAAUGCCAUUUGGAAGAGUUAUGAGUGCUACAGAAAGCUUUAUUCAUGGGCUAGAUGAGAAGACAAGUGCAUCUUUGAAAUUCACAGUUCUGAACCCUAAGGGAAGAAUCUGGACUAUGGUAGCAGGAGGGGGUGCAAGUGUCAUCUACGCAGAUACGGUUGGAGAUCUUGGAUAUGCUUCUGAGCUUGGGAACUAUGCAGAAUAUAGUGGAGCACCCAAUGAAGAGGAGGUAUUGCAGUAUGCCAGAGUUGUGAUUGAUUGUGCAACUGCAAACCCUGAUGGCCAUAAAAGAGCCCUUGUAAUUGGAGGAGGAAUAGCGAACUUUACCGAUGUUGCUGCUACUUUUAAUGGCAUAAUUCGUGCCUUGAAGGAGAAGGAAUCAAUGCUCAAAGCUGCAAGAAUGCACAUAUAUGUCAGGAGGGGAGGCCCAAAUUACCAGAGGGGUCUGGCAAAAAUGCGGAGCCUUGGGGAAGAAAUCGGCAUCCCUUUUGAGGUUUAUGGGCCGGAGGCAACAAUGACCGGCAUUUGCAAACAGGCGAUCGAAUGCAUCACUGCAGCUGCAUGAGUGCUUCAAAUCAUGCAAAAAAAAAAAAAAAAGAAGGAAAAAAACCCUUGUUCCUGUUUCGAUUGGAAAUUUCAAGACUUGUUUUAAAAUUUUGUGCCAGUUUAGUUGUACUAGAAACCCUAGUAAAUGAAAUUAUUGUGUGAUGUAUGUGUAAAUGGGCUGUAAACAGUGGCCCUGGGGAAUCAGAUGAGUGAUCACAAGGGUUCUGCUGUUGCACCCUUUAGGAAUCAGAUGAGAGAUCACAAGGGUUCUGCUGCUGCACCUAGCACCACCAUAAUAAAAGGCUUACCAUUCUUAUUCA